GGAGGAGGUGACAUUGCCAUUUGCCUUCAGGCCACCCAUAAAUCUGGAAUGGGAGAGAGUGCUCACAAGUGAUAGUACCAUGUGACUUCAUGAUGUUUAAAAAGCAGACAAACCUGCCUUGUUGAGGUACAAGUAACCACAGUGCACCAAAGGAGUCAGAGGAAGAGACUGGGCUGUUGGAGCAGCAGCAAACACGGCAGCCCCAAAAGAAAAAAAGCCAAGAGAGGGGGUAAAGGAGACUACCAGGCACCGUGCAGACAACUUCUCAUAAACUUUUCAUCGCUUCAGCUGCGAACUAGCCGUAAGACUUUGCUUUAACUUGUUAUUAUUGACAUGAUGAGUUGCAGCAGRGUUGCUGGUUCAGAGAUUUCUGAGGACGAGUUUGAGCUUGGCAUGCUGGGGCACGGUGAUGAUGAGGAAAGUUCCAAGCCAUCUUUCCACGACAGUGAAAGUUUAACAAACAGCCCCAAUGACUCAGAAGAAGGCCAGACCAAGAAGCGAAAUCGUCCUGUUCGCUCAAAAGCUCGAAGAAUGGCUGCUAACGUGCGUGAGCGAAAGCGCAUAAUGGACUACAACCAAGCCUUUAACGCCCUUCGUGUUACCUUGAACCAUGACAUGAGUGGCAAAAGACUGUCUAAGAUAGCCACACUUCAAAGGGCCAUCAGUCACAUCUCUGCUUUGUCUGUUUUCCUGAAUUUGAAUCCUCCUAACAAGCCGUGCACUCACCGGGAGUGCCACAGGUCAUCUGUAGGGCCAGCUGUGAUGAGAGCGUCUCGACAUGAACAGACUAGGGUUGCAGUUCCUCACCUGGAUCAUCAGAUUUAUGUCCCCUGGCAUGCAUCCAUCUCUCAACAGAUGCAGCCUCAGCACGGGUCCCGCACGCACCAUUUGUUCACGGACCAACAUGUUUGCAUGGACAACAACACGUUAUUGCGRCCACCGUCGUCACACUACUCUUGUUGUCCCGGUGAGCAACACUUUUAUGCUUCACAAGGACACUGCAGCAGCCCUGAUGAUCACCUGCUCAGUCCYCUACAAUAUGCUCAGAUGGGCAAGGAGUUGGGCUACAAAGCAGGGAUGUGGGCGUCCUGUGCUCAGGGAUAUAAGGACAACUUUGUGGAACCAGCUUCUGCUCUUGAGAUUCCCUGGCAAAUGGCGGAGCACAGCAUUGCUCUAUGARCUGAUGUACUGUACGGUGUUAAAACCAACCGUGAUGAACCCUGAAGACCAAACAACAGCAACAGACUGUCAGAGUGAAAACUGAUAAGGUUUUACGACAUUACCAUAACUCAGAACUAAACAGUAAAACUAUAGAUGUAAAGAUGGGUGAGUUGUUUUACCUCUAAAAUAUUGGUUCUCUGGCCAGCUGGACAUUGAAUAUAUGGAAAAUAGUAUUCUGACCCUGUAUUUCCUCAUGUUAUUUUUUGUUUCUAAUAUUAAAAAAUACAAGACCGUCUUCUCAGAACAUGUUGUUUUCUUGAUCUUUGAUCYAAUUUGUUUGUGAAACAAAUGAGAAUUAAAAUGAGAAACCGUUUGA